AUGGCGACCCAUAAUAUGGCACCGCCUGGUUCUGUGAUGCUUGCAAAGGUCAAGGGUUACUCUGCCUGGCCAGCAAUGGUGCUUGACCCUGAUCUACUACCAGAGAAUAUCUCAGCUUUAAAACCUAAGAAUGGAAUCAAUUUUACACCCGUACGGUUUUUUGCUGAUGACACAUAUAUAUGGAUCAAGAAUGCAGACUUAAGGGAGCUUUCAGUUGAAGUCAUUCAGGAUUAUCUUAAAAAGCAUGACGAUGAACCAGCGGAGCUCAAAAAUGAAGAUGACGGCACCAAUUCAAUGACAAGCGCAUCGGAAGUUGAUAAUACUGCAUUGGUUGAGCCAGAAACACAUAAACCAUCAAAAGUAACACCAAUUAAGAAGGCAAAGAAGAAGAGCAAGAAGGAGGUACUCCUUCUUGAGGCAUACAAAUUAGCAAACAGCCCUCCUCCCAUGGAUACUUUUGUAAAGUAUGGAUCUUUAGGCGAACCUCCAACUGUUGAAGAUUUUGAAGCUGUUGAAUUGGAAGAAGAAAGCAUUAGUGAGUCAAUGGAACAGGACGAUUUCAUAGAGGAUGAAGUUGAAACUCCCAAGAAGUCUAGAAAGAGAGAUGUUUCAUCAAACCCAAAGACACCUGCAAAAAAGCAAAAAACUUCAAACGCAUCAGUCAAAACCAAAGGUAAAGCAACGCCAGCUAAGAAGGGUGCUACUUCCAAAAAGAAGAAUACCAAACAGGAUACAAAGAAAUUAAUAAAAACAGAAAAAUUAUCACCUUCUGUUGAAGACGAUGGCUAUGACUCAGAUUGGGGCGUUGAAGAGACUAUUGAGGAACAACGGUCUGAGGGCAAUUACGUAUUUGAAAACGCUAAGGAGCAACAAAGGUUUAUCAGUACAUUUCCUGCUAGCCAGGAUAUAGUCAAUCUGUUUAAUAAGUACAAGAGUAUAUUUGAACUGUUGGAGAUUGGAUUAACAAGAGAUUUAUUGCUUCAAGAGAAAGGUUUUGAAAAGGAGGUGAAACUGAAAUUAAAUGAAGUGGAAAAAAUUGUGGAUCAUAUUCCAAAAGUUUUAAUCAACAAGAGCCGAUUGUUGAAAGUACUCAUUGUCACUGUUAGAAAUCCCAACUUUGGUGAUGAUUCUCUAAGAGCGAAAAUCCAGAGUCUUCUACAAAGUAAGUUUGGAAUAACUGUACGGGUGAAUAAUGAAGAUGAUUUUCAAAAGAUAGAUGACGAUAUUAAAAAGUACAAUGGCACCAAUACAAGCACGCCUGUUUCAAUAAGUGUCAAUAAUAGCACUAACAGUACACCUGCUCCAUAA